AUGGAAUUGUUUAAGAAAAUGAUUGCUAUUGGUGGUAGGGCUAAUGUGAUCACUUGCAACACUUUGAUUGGUGGAUUGUGUAAAAUAGGGAAGAUAAGUGUUGCCAUUAAGUUGCUUGAAGAGAUGGUUAAUGGGAAUAAAGAAUCUGUUGUUUUUUGUAGGCUAGAUGUUGUUGUUUAUACUACUAUAAUUGAUGGUCUUUGUAAGGCUGGAUUGGUUGAGAAGGCUAGACAAUUAUUUUUGGAACAUAUGAUUCAGAGGGGUAGAAAGGGGUGUAGGCCUAAUGUUUUUUCCUACAGUACUUUAAUCAAUUGGUAUUGCAAGAAUAAAGAAGUCAAUGAAGCUCUCAGUCUUUAUCGAGAGAUGAUUUCAAAAGGAAUUAGGCCUGAUAUGAUUACAUAUAACACCUUGUUAACUGGCUUUUUUCUUAUAGCUAAGGUGAAAGAUGCACAUAAUUUAGUUGGUGAGAUGCGGCUUAAUGAUGGUUUUCCUAAUUUUUGGACAUAUAGCAUUUUCAUUAAUGGACUUUGGAAGAAUGGAUGUGUUUUGGAAGCAUUGGAAAUGUUUAAUACUCUAGUAAUUAAUAAGUUUGCAGUUAGCAUUGGAGGUUUGAGUUCUCGCAUUGAUGGAUUAUGUAAAACAGGGAGAUUCGAAACUGCCUAA